GGGCCUUUUCACCUUUACCAUUUUUCUCUUUUCUCUCCAUUUCUUCACUCGUGUUGAAGCUCUAAAUCCCUUGUGUUCCUUCACUCCAUUGCCAGUUUGCCACUACUAAUGGCGACUUCCAUAGCAGCUCGCAUCUCCAGGAAGGCCGCGGCCUCUGCUUUCUCCGCUCACCGUCACGUAAUCUCAUCCCGUUGUUUCGCCACGGAGUCGGCGAAAACGAUCUCGCCGUCGUCGGAUCGAGUCAAGUGGGACUACAGGGGCCAAAGGAAGAUAAUCCCUCUCGGACAGUGGGUCCCUAAGGUCGCCGUCGACGCUUAUGUGGCACCUAAUGUCGUCUUGGCCGGUCAAGUAACCGUCUACGACGGAGCGUCGGUGUGGAGCGGCUGCGUCCUACGUGGCGAUCUCAACAAGAUCACCGUUGGAUUCUGCUCUAAUGUCCAGGAACGCUGCGUCAUUCACGCCGCUUGGUCCUCACCUACCGGACUUCCAGCCGAGACAUCAAUCGAGAGGUUCGUGACAAUUGGUGCAUACAGUCUCUUGAGGUCAUGCACAAUUGAACCGGAGUGCAUUAUCGGACAGCAUUCUAUUCUCAUGGAAGGUUCCUUGGUGGAAACACACUCAAUCCUUGAAGCUGGUUCCGUAGUACCUCCAGGCAGGAGAAUCCCAACCGGUGAACUUUGGGCAGGUAAUCCAGCUAGGUUUGUUCGAGCUCUAACCCAUGAAGAAACCUUAGAAAUCCCUAAACUCGCGGUAGCAAUCAAUGACCUGAGCAAAGAACAUUUCUCGGAGUUCCUUCCAUACUCAACAGUAUAUUUGGAAGUUGAGAAGCUCAAGAAGUCCCUGGGAAUAAAUAUUUGAUUGCCUCGGAGUUCCUUCCAUACUCAACAGUAUAUUUGGAAGUUGAGAAGCUCAAGAAGUCCCUGGGAAUAAAUAUUUGAUUGCCUUUUGAUUUUCAUGUUUCCAUAGAUGAGUUUUUUCCAUGCAACGAAAUAAGCAGUCUCAUAAACACGUCGAAGAACCCUUUUUCUUUUUGUUUAUCCAUGUAUUCGAUCGUGUUGGCUGUCGGAAAAAGAAAAAACCCUAAACUUGUGAGUUCCAAUGAAAUGGAACAUGGUUUGCAACCGAAGCAUCUUGUGGGUUAUGCCGAGCACAUUCUAUGUUGAGGUUACUUUUUCUUUUGCCCUCUUGUGAUAGUCCUGCCCUUAAAGGCAUUACAAA